GAACGUGAUCAAUAUUUGCAAAUGCUUGCUUCACAUGCUGGUUACUCAAGCAAUACACCUACACCCACCAAAGAAAAUAAGCACAAGAGCAGGAAAUGGGCUUUUGAAGAUAUUAAAGAAGUUCAUAAAAGAAAAUUUUUGUUUCGUGAUGUCGCACUCGAAAUAUUCUUUGCCGAUGGACGAAAUUAUUUGAUCACCUUUUUCCUAAAAGAGCGUGAUAUUGCCUACAAUAAACUUGUAGCAAGAGCAACUUUUUCAAUUUCAGGAUCUGAAUCUGUCAUUGGCACUUCUAAUACUCUUGAUUCUAAGGCUCCGGCUCCACUAACAAUUGGUCCUUCAACUGGAUUAAGAUUUAAUUUACCGAGUUUUUUUGCAAAUUCUUCCUUGGUAGAAUUAACUAUGAGAUGGGAAAAACGUGAAAUUUCUAAUUUUCAAUAUUUGAUGCAUUUAAAUACACUUGCUGGUCGAUCAUAUAAUGACCUCACACAAUAUCCCGUUUUCCCUUGGAUCUUAGCCGAUUACACAAGCGAGGAAGUGAAUUUAUCAACACCAAUGGGGGCACAAACUCCAGAACGGAAAAAUGAAUUUCGAAUCCGGUAUAGGUCCUUUGACCCAACAGCAAACGCAACGACACCUGCAUUUCAUUAUGGAACACAUUAUUCAUCUGCAAUGAUUGUUUGCUCAUAUUUAAUACGUCUAGAGCCUUUUACUCAACAAUAUCUAAAACUUCAGGGCGGUCAUUUUGAUCAUGCUGACCGUUUAUUUCACUCGAUUAACAAAGCGUGGUUGUCUGCUACUCGAGAUAAUAUGAGUGAUGUUAAAGAAUUGAUACCUGAAUUUUUUUAUUUGCCGGAAUUUCUAGAAAAUACCAACAAAUUUAAUUUUGGUGUAAAGCAAGGAACUGGUGAAGUAAUUGAUUCGGUAAUUUUACCACCAUGGGCCAACGGUGAUCCAAAAAUUUUUAUUAAUAAACAUCGUCAGGCUUUGGAAUCAGAUUAUGUUAGUGCGCAUCUUAAUGAAUGGAUAGAUUUAAUUUUUGGUUAUAAACAACAAGGACCUGCAGCAGUGGAAGCUGUAAAUGUUUUUCAUCAUCUCUCUUAUGAGGGUGCAAUAGAUUUGGAUGCUAUAACUGAUCCAGUUGAACGUUCAGCGACGACUGGAAUUAUUUAUAAUUUCGGUCAAACACCACGUCAAUUAUUUUCUAAACCUCAUCCACCAAGAUCAGUCGAAAUAUCAGAAUCCAAUAAUUUCAAAUUCCAUGAAAACUUAGAAUGUUUAUUGCAAUCCAUGCAACCUAUGUUAGAUAUUCGAUUGCAAGUUCAUGAUAUUCAUUUAACGAAUGAUCGUUUGUUGGCUGUUUCUACACAAAAAAUUUUGGUUCCUCCAAAUUAUACAUAUUACGUGGAAUGGGGUUAUUCUGACAAUAGUCUUCGACUUCAUCAUUCAGACACUAGAAAGUUGGUUGGUUUAUAUGAAAAUCUUCAUUUACAAACCGUAAGUUGUGCAUGCUUUGCUGACGGUCGAGCUUUUAUUACUGGAGGAACAGAUGCCGUCAUUUGCAUUUGGCGAUUAAAAUGGAAAACAAAAUCUCCGGAAUUUCGUUUUAUGGAAUGCCUGCGAGGACACUCUUCUAAAAUUAAUUGUGUAGCUGUAUCAAGAUCAUAUAGCAUCAUAGUCAGUGGUUCAGAUGACACAACAUGUAUAGUAUGGGAUUUGAACAGAAUGAAAUAUGUAAGACAAUUACAGGGUCAUGAAACUGGUGUUAAGUUUGUCGCGAUAAAUGAUAUUACAGGUGAUAUCGCAACAUGCAGUGGAUCAGUAAUUCGAAUAUGGAGCGUUAACGGGGAUCUUAUUGUAACAAAGAAUACUGCUCAGGGUUCAGAUCCUGUACUUUGUUGUCUCUUUUAUGAGGGUAGACAAAAUGAAUGGUUUGAAAAAGAUAUUAUUCUAACAGGACACAAGAAGGUUAAAUGGGAUCUUGAAUUGCGCCAUCAAUUGAAACACGAAAAUAGGCUUAGUUCUACAUUUACGGCAGAUAUAGUUUCUAUUCAUAUUUCUGGAGUUCAGAAAGUUAUUUAUAGUGGUGAUUCGACGGGUAAAAUUUGGUCGUGGGUUUUACCUGAUAUUAAAAUAGAAACUCAUUGGAUGCCAGAUGGACAAUCAGAUGUCUGUUUGAAAUGUGGUGUAAAAUUCGCUGUAUUGGAGCGAAAAAUUCAUUGUAAAACUUGUGGUGGAAUUUUUUGUUCUAGUUGUACACAAACUGGAUUAGAUAGAAGUUCAAGAUAUUGCGAAUAUUGUUGGGGAAAAAUAGAAGCAUCCCAAUAUCCAAUAUUAGAAAAUGAACUUUUUACAUGGGUUAAAUCCUUGCAAACUCAGCAAAAAGUUGUUACACAUUAUAUGAUUUGUAAAAGAUGGUUGGCAGAAUUUAUGUGUCAUCAUAAACUUAGUAAUCAUCACCAUACAACA